AUGUCUUUAACCUUACUUUGCACUUGGAGACCCACCAGUCCGCCCUUUGAACCCUACUAUCAAGUAAACCUAUCACAUAAAACCAAGAGGAUGGUGGCUCAUUUAUGCCACAGGGGUGCUAAACUGUUCAUAAAUGUUUCAUAUUUUUAUAGGAGAGCAAGGACCUCAAGUCCCAGGCAGUCUUCUAACUGUGCCAAUUAUUACUUUUUCAAAACUGUGGGCCCAUUACAGGCCUUCACCACCUUUCCCUCCAAUAAAGAUAAAAAUCAUUUAAAUGCAAAAGCUCAAAGGUUAACUCAAGGGGAAAGAAAGGAAAUCCUAGAGAAGCCUCUGGACACUCUGGGCUGCACACACUAA